GGGGGUCAUAAAUGCUGGGAGGAAGAGGCCGUCCCAGCUCUCCUGCGAAGAACCAUCUUCCAAGAUGCUGCAGACGCUGCCGAUCGGCUCCAUCCUCGUCCUGCUGCUCAGGGUGUCCCUUGGCCAGGCCCAGGUCCCCAUCCAGGCCAACUUCGAUGCCAGCCAGUUCCAGGGCACCUGGUACGUGGUCGGGAUGGUGUCAGAUGAUGAGAACUUCCUGAACUCCAAGGACGACAUGAAGAUGCCCGUGGUCUUGGUGACCCCUUUGGCUAAUGGUGACCUGGACCUCAAGUUUGGGUACUCCACGCCCGAUGGCGGGUGCCAGAAGAUGGGCACGACCUUCACCAAGGGGGCUGUGGAUGGGCAGUUCAGCAACGCAGCCAUGGCUCAGACUGACAUCCGGGUGGUGUCCACCGACUACAAUCACUUCGCCGUGGUUUACUUGGAGACGCAGAAGGGGGGCGUCAGGAACGUCUGGCUGCAGCUCUACGCCCGUGCCCCAGAGCUGUUUCCAGAAGGUGCCCAGAAGAUGCAGCAACUGGCACCGCAAUUGGGCCUGAACCCCAGCCAGGGCGCCCUGCUGCCCAAGUCCGACCAGUGUGCUGGCGCCUUCUCCUAGGAAGGGUCCAGCCCAGGAGUGCCCAUGGCGGGGCCACGCUGAACGGGGCCUUCCCCCAGGAGCACACCGUUUCUCUCCACCACCCAUUCCCCAGCGCAAUAAAUAAUGUCCUAAAGCC